GCAGCUGCGGCUGGAGAGCGCCGGCUGUGGGGUCCAGAGGCGGCCGCUCCGGCUGCAGCCUACCAGACGGCGCGGCUCCGCGGGCCGCCGCCCGGGCGCGGGGACAGGUGUCCCGGCCGGGGUCUAUCGGGAAGAUGGCGACCCCGGGCAUGAGCUGGCAGCAGCACUAUUACGGCGGCUCGGCGGCCGGGACGGCCAAAUUCGUGCCCUCGCCGGCCGCCGCGCAGCAGGCGGGGCACAGCAUGGACUACAGCCAGGACCUGCACCUGAAAAUGAGCAAGAAAAUCGCCCAGCUGACCAAGGUCAUAUAUGCUUUGAACACUAAAAACGAUGAGCAUGAAUCUGCAAUUCAAGCCCUCAAAGAUGCUCACGAAGAAGAAAUCCAACAAAUUCUUGCAGACACAAGGGAAAAAAUAUUACAAUAUAAAAGCAGAGUAACAGAGGAGUUAGACCUUAAGAGAAAGAUUCAGGUUUUAGAAGCCUCGUUAGAAGACCACAAGAAAAUGAAGCAGCAGGCUUUGACAGAGUUUGAAGCCUACAAGCACAGAGUCGAGGACAUGCAACUCUGUGCCGAAGCGCAGCAUGUCCAACGCAUAGUGACCAUGUCAAGAGAGGUGGAAGAGAUUAGAAGGAAGUUUGAGGAAAAAUUACGGAGUUUUGGACAACUGCAAGUACAGUUUGAAAAAGACAAAAGGCUGGCGCUGGAAGAUUUGAGGACGGCUCACAAACGGGAGGUCCAGGAGCUGUUGAAGUCCCAGCAGGAUCAGAGCGCCUGUGUGCACAAGGGGCAGAAAACAGAGGAACUGCACAGAGUGGAGGUGGAGGCCUUAAACAAAACCCUCGAGGAGCUAAGACUUGAGCGAAAAAAGCUAAUUGAGGAUUAUGAGGGCAAGUUGAAUAAAGCUCAGUCCUUUUAUGAACGUGAGCUGGAUACUUUGAAGAGAUCACAGCUUUUUACAGCGGAAAGCCUACAGGCUAGCAAAGAAAAGGAAGCUGAUCUUAGAAAGGAAUUUCAGGCACAAGAAGCAAUUUUACGAAAAACCAUAGGGAAAUUGAAGACAGAGUUACAGAUGGUUCAGGAUGAAGCUGGAAGUCUCCGUGACAAAUGCCAAAAGCUUCAGGUAGCCCUCGUUACGGCAGAGAGCAAUGUUCAGGGUCUUCAAAAACAGCUUGAUGAUGCCAAGGAGGGAGAGAUGGCCUUACUAAGCAAGCACAAGGAGGUGGAAAGCGAGCUAGCGGCAGCCAGAGAGCGUUUGCUGCAGCAGGCCUCGGACCUUGUCCUCAAAGCCAGUCAUAUUGGAAUGCUUCAAGCAACUCAAAUGACCCAGGAAGUUACAAUUAAAGAUCUAGAAUCAGAAAAAUCAAGGGCCAAUGAGAGAUUGUCUCAGCUUGAAGAAGAAAGAGCUUUUUUGCAAAGCAAAACUCAGAGUCUGGAUGAAGAGCAGAAACAGCAGAUUCUGGAACUGGAGAAGAUAUCUGCAAUACCAAGUGGGAGUUCUGGACACUCUUUCUCCUUCCCUCAGCAACCAAGCAUACUGAAAAGUGUCUGUUCUCCUUGCCCCUUGCUCACCUCCCAUUCAGUCCUUGCUCGGGUGCAGUCUGGUUUCUCUUACCGCCACUCCACAGACUCGGCGUUUGCCUCAGCCUCCAGUGACAUCCUGGUUACUGGAUUUGGCGGAUCUUGUGUUACUGUGAAAGUAAAUGAAGCAAAGAAAGCUCAGCAAGAAUAUUAUGAGUUGGAGCUAAAAAACCUGCAAAAUAGAUUGGAAGGGGAGGUGGCUCAAUUAAAUGAGGCCCAUUCUAAAACUUUGGAAGAAUUGGCUUGGAAGCACCACAUGGCAAUUGAGGCUGUCCACAGCAAUGCAGUUAGGGAUAAGAAAAAACUGCAAAUGGAAUUGGAGGAACAAUAUAAAAAGGAGAAACUAAACCUGGAAGAGGAUAAAAGUCAGCUUCAACAAGAGCUAGAAAACCUGAAGAGAGAACUGGAAGACAAGCUGAAUACAGCCAAUCAAGAGAUCGGCCGCCUCCAAGAUCUGGUGAGGAAAAGCGAACAAGGUCUGGGCUCCGCCGAAGGACUCAUUGCCAGUCUCCAGGACUCCCAGGAAAGACUUCAAAGUGAGCUUGACUCGACUAAAGGCAGGCUGAAGGAGACCAAGGAGGCUCUGUUAAAUGUCGAGAGUGAGCUAGAACAAGAAAGGCAACAACAUGAAGAGGCACUUGCCGCCGUGAAAGGAGAGGAGAAGCUCAGAGUGGACAGAAUGGCCCAUGACUUAGAAAUAAAAUGGACUGAAAAUCUCAGACAAGAGUGCUCUAAACUUCGUGAAGAGCUAAGACUUCAACACGAAGAGGAUAAAAAGUCAGCAAUGUCUCAACUUCUGCAGUUAAAAGAGCGUGAGAAAAAUGCAGCCAGGGACUCAUGGCAGAAGAAAGUAGAAGAUCUGUUAAACCAGCGGCACUCUCUGGGUGAAGCUUUGCAUAAAUCUAUCAACAAUAUCUCCUUGCUGAAACAGAAUCUGGAGAUGCAGCUUUCCCAGUCUCAGACUUCUUUGCAGCAACUGCAAGCCCAGUUUACACAAGAACGACAACGACUCACACAAGAGCUUGAAGAGUUGGAGGAACAACAUCAGCAGAGACAUAAAUCUUUAAAAGAAGCACAUGUCCUUGCAUUUCAAUCGAUGGAAGAAGAGAAGGAAAAGGAACAAAGAGCUCUCGAAAAUCAUUUACAACAGAAACAUUCUGCAGAGCUUCAGUCACUAAAAGAUGCACACAGAGAGUCCAUGGAGGGCUUCCGGGUAGAAAUGGAACAGGAGCUUCAGACUCUGCGGUUUGAAUUAGAAGACGAAGGAAAGGCUAUGCUCGCUUCUUUACGCUCAGAACUAAACCAUCAGCAUGCAGCUGCAAUUGAUUUGUUACGGCAUAAUCACCAUCAAGAGUUGGCAGCUGCUAAAAUGGAAUUAGAGAGAAGCAUGGACAUCAGUAGAAGACAGAGUAAGGAGCACAUGUGCAGAAUAACAGAUCUACAAGAGGAAUUAAGGCACAGAGAGCGUCACAUCACUGACCUGGAUAAGGAGAUACAGCACCUUCACGAAAAUAUUAGUGCUCUAACCAAAGAAUUGGAAUUUAAAGGGCAGGAAAUUCUCAGGGUACGAAGUGAAUCUAACCAACAGAUGAGGUUGCAUGAACAAGAUUUAAACAAGAGACUUGAAAAAGAGCUGGAUGUCAUGACAGCAGACCAUCUCAGAGAGAAAAAUAUCAUGCGGGCAGAUUUUAAUAAGACUAACGAACUACUCAAGGAAAUAAAUGCAGCUUUACAAGUGUCAUUAGAAGAAAUGGAAGAAAAAUAUCUAAUGAGAGAAUCAAAACCAGAAGAUGUACAGAUGAUUACAGAAUUAAAAGCCAUGCUUACAGAAAGAGACCAUGUCAUAAAGAAGCUAAUUGAUGAUAAUAAAUUUUAUCAGCUGGAAUUAGUCAAUCGAGAAACUAACUUCAACAAAAUGUUUAAUUCAAGUCCUACUGUUGGUGUUAUUAAUCCAUUGACUAAGGGACUAUCCUCACAUGUACUAUUUUUAAUGCAGCAAAAGAAGAAGAAUGACAAAUCACCAACAAACAGGUUUGUGAGUGUUCCCAAUCUAAGUGCUCUGGAAUCUGGUGGAGUGGGCAAUGGACAUCCUAACCGCCUGGAUCCCAUUCCUAAUUCUCCAGCCCACGACAUUGAGUUCAACAGCAGCAAGCCACUUCCACAGCCAGUGCCAUCCAAAGAGCCCAAGACAUUUUUGAGUCCUCCUCAGAGUGAAGCUUCCCCGGCGGCUUCUCCAGAUCCCCAGCGCCAGGAGUGGUUUGCCCGGUACUUCACGUUCUGAAAGAACUGUGUUGGCACAGCUCUGUGUGGACUGUUACUAAGAGCAUGACCUUACAGAUCAUUAUGUGAACAGGCUUUCCUAUGUCAAACACUGUGAAUGAGAAAGUAUUUGUCUCUAAUUUGAAAAUGCACUGUAUUUCCUGUGGUAUUUAUUGGAAUCAUUCUUAUAAGGUACUAUGUUAUGUGUGUAAUUACAAUAGUUAUUUUUUUUGAAAUGAAAGAGCCUUUAACCUUUGUAAUUACUACAUAAUAAAUUUUGCUAGAACAAACAGUAA